CUAACAACACCAACAUCACUUUCUUUCUUUCUCUCUCUCUCUCUGCUUAGCUUUGUUGGAGCAAUGGCCAAGGCCACAGCAUUAAUGGUUCUUCUCCUCCCACUCCUGCUCCUAGUCAGUGUCUCUGCUGAAGAGCUUGAGACUCUUCCACCCCCUUACACUCACACCCCUCCACCACACCCUCACCCUCCCACUCACCCACCAGCUCAUGCUCCACACCACCACCACCACCACCACCCUCCUGCCCCCGCUCCUUCGCCUCUUCACCCUCCUUCCCACCACCAUUACCCUCCCACUCCCACUCCCACUGCUCCUACACCUACACACCCACAUUACCCUCCACCCCCUGUUAAACCUCCCACUCACCACCACCACCAUCACCCUCCUGCUCCUGCUCCUGUUAAGCCACCUGUUCUCCCUCCGGUUCCCGUUCACCCUCCUCUUCACCCUCCGGUUCCCGUUCACCCACCUCUCCACCCUCCGGUUCCCGUUCAUCCUCCAGUUCCAGUGCACCCCUUCCCUAGAAGCUUUGUGGCAGUUCAAGGUGUUGUCUACGUCAAGUCCUGCAAGUAUCAUGGCGUUGACACCCUCUUGGGAGCCACACCACUACUUGGUGCCGUUGUGAAGCUCCAAUGCAACAACACCAAGUACAAACUGGUUCAAACCAAGAAGACCGACAAGAACGGCUACUUCUACAUUGAAGCCCCAAAGAGCAUAACAACGUACGGAGCUCACAAAUGCAACGUCGUUUUGGUGAGUGCGCCCGAUGGGCUUAAGGCCUCUAAUCUCCACGGUGGUCUCACGGGUUCUACCCUCAGGCCCGAGAAGCCCUUCUCCUAUCAGAAGCUUCCCUUCGUGCUCUACACUGUUGGGCCUCUUGCAUUUGAGCCCAAUUGCCAUUGAAAGAAGCAAUAUGAAUAUAAAAUGUUUAAGUUAUUAUUAUAUAGAGCUGUGUUGCCUUUGUUUGCCUUUCGGCCCUGUCUCCAUUUUUAUGUGUUUUCCGUUUCUAGUGCUGAGCUUCAAGCCUUGAACUGAUCUUUUACACAAUAAAGAGUGACAGGAUCAAUGUAAUAGAUAGUUCUCGUAUGAAUUAAUUUAGUGUAAGACUAAUGUUGUUUAUGGCGCUUGUUUAAUUUCCUUGCGUUUGAAUUUUAAA